AUGGUUCCUCAGACGCGGCGCUGGAAGAGAGAACAAGAUGCCCUUGCAUUGCUUGGUGAUGGACAGACAGACAAGCGCAAGUCAAGUGCCAAAUUUGGGUCUGGUCGCGCCUGCAUUUCGCGUCUGUUCUGCGUUUUGGGUUGUCGGCCCCGAAAAUGGAAGGAAGCAAUAUCUUGUCUUGGUCUCAGAAAUGAGAAAUGA